AUGUUCUCCUCAGCUCUGAAAACCUUUCAGUCCAACAUUUCCGCGAAUUAUACCCUAUCAUCGAGUCCUACAGCGAUCUCAGGCGCGUGGAAGAUAUUUGAUGGAAAGAAGAAGGGUACAGGCAAGGCAGUAUCUGUCUUUGUCUUUGACAGGAAGUCUUUGGAGCCUCAUUCUGGGGGCCUCAGCAGAGGGAGUGGCGGCUCGUCACUACGAAGAUUGCAAGAUGAAGUGGUUGCAAGGAUCAAGAAAGAAGCUAGUAUGCUUGCAAGAUUACGGCAUCCGAGCAUUCUAGAGCUUGCAGAGCCGGUCGAAGAUACAAGAAGCGGAGGCUUGAUGUUUGCUACAGAGCCUGUCACUGCCACUUUAUCAGGCUUACUGCAAGACCAGGAUGAUCAGGAAAGAUAUGGAGGCUCGUCGAGUCGACCGAGCCGCGUUGUGGUUGAAGAUGCCGAAGGUCAAAGAAGAAGGAAAGAACUUGAGCUCGACGAGCUGGAGAUCCAGAAAGGACUACUUCAGGUUGCUCAGGGUUUAGAAUUCUUGCAUGAGUCUGCUGGUCUAGUCCAUGGCAACUUGACCCCUGAGGCAAUCUUCGUCAAUGCUAAAUCGGAUUGGAAGAUUGGUAGUUUUGGAUUUGCUGGGCCGCCUGAUCAGUCGAACACACAGUCGAACUUGACUCCGAUAUCGUUAUCAGAAGUCAUGUAUCAUGACCCGCGACUGCCUAGAUCCAUCCAAUUAGAUCUCGACUUCACCUCUCCUGACUUUGCUAUGGAUAGUAGUGUCACGACAUCUGCGGAUAUGUUCUCGUUAGGCAUUCUCCUGAUUGUACUUUACAAUUCGCCGCAUACAUCCCCCAUCAAAAGUAAUUCGAAUCUCUCAACAUACAAGAAACUAUUCAGCUCCUCAUCUACAACACCUUCAAUGUCCAACAACUUCCUAUCUACCAAGCCCUUGCCAAAUGAAUUAAAAUCAGCAACACUGCCGAGACUGAUUACUCGAAGGCCAGCGUCUCGCAUGAAUGCAAGGGAAUUCCAACAGUCAGCAUUUUUUGACAAUAUCCUGGUAUCAUCCAUCCGAUUUCUGGAUACGCUCCCAGCCAAAACGCCAAAUGAGAAAUCUCAGUUUUUGAGAGGCCUUACAAAUAUUCUAGGCCAAUUUCCCAAAUCUGUACUUGAUAAGAAGGUUCUACCAGCGCUACUUGAUGAAACCAAGGACAAAGACUUACUGAAUUUGAUAUUGCAAAAUGUCUUCAAGAUCGUCAAGAUUUUGCCAUCAUCCCAACGUGCCAUGAGUGACAAAAUACUACCCCAUCUUCGCGAGAUAUUUGCAGCAGGUAACUCGAAACCUGUUGGGGAAAAGGAUACUGCAAAAGAAGCUGGGCUUGCCAUUGUCUUGCAGAAUGUAACUCUCAUAGGAGAUAAUUGCGGCGGUAAAGAGUUCAAAGAUUACAUGCUGCCCAUCAUAUUAUCUGCUAUGGACUCUUCAACCCACGCUAUCGUGGACAAAGCCUUGAGCUGCCUGCCAAAAGUUCUUUCAAUCCUGGAUUUCUCAAGUAUUAAGAAUGAGGUAUUUCCAGUCGUUGCUGCUGUAUUCAGCAAAACAAGCAGCCUUGGCAUCAAGGUGCGUGGCCUCGAAGCUUUUGUUAUCUUGUGCGGUGGCUCCAACGACAGCUCUGACAUUGGCGAUGAUCUGAACGGCGCGAAAGCCGGCAAAGCCUCCAACAGCGCUGUACUGGACAAAUAUACUGUCCAGGAGAAGAUUGUACCGCUGCUGAAAGUCAUCAAGACCAAGGAACCUGCAGUCAUGAUGGCGGCGUUGAACGUUUUCAAACAAGUUGGUAGCAUUGCUGAUGCAGAUUUCUUGGCCAUGGAUGUACUGCCCAUCCUUUGGAGUUUCAGCCUUGGUCCCCUGCUCAAUCUUGACCAAUUCAAUGCAUUCAUGAACCUUGUCAAGACCCUCUCUUCACGUAUAGAGCAGGAGCAGGUGAGAAAGCUGAAGGAAAUUUCCUCAACAUCAAGUCGGUCUAUGGAUCAAACAAUAUCCAAUGACCUCAUGAAUGUAGGGUCAGCCAAUGGUAUUGCGAAUGGACAAGACGAUGUGGGCGAGAACGAUUUCGAGCGUCUAGUAUUAGGCAAAAAACCCGGUCAACCCCCCAAUACAGACAUGCUAGGAGACGCUUUGCAGCCUCAAAAUCAACCUGCAAUACCAUCGCAGCAGCCGACUCUCCAAUGGCAACGGUCAGCCUCGAACAUAAGUCAACGCCAACAUGGUAACAACUCAAUGAGUGCUCUGAAGCCUCAGUCUCGAGCGAUCACUCCUGACCAAACAUUGAGCGCUAUUGCACCGCCUCCAGCCAUCAAUGCUGGUAACAAUGGUAUGACGGGUCUCGCCAACAAGCCUAUGGGACCAACGCAGAACAGCUUCGCGGGAGGUAUGACAAACGGAUCAAUGCAACCACAGCUCACACAUCCACUUCAACCACAGCCCUACCAAAUGCCUCAGCAGCAGCAGAAAAAGAGUGGACUAGACGCUUUUGAGAGCUUACUAUGA